CCCUGCACCCGCCAAGCCAACAGCGGGAAGCUUCCUUCUCCGCUCCGUCAUCUGCUGGUCAGUCUCCGUCACCGUGACUCUGACUCACCAGAAAAGAAAGAAAACCAAUAACUCCAAAAACUUCUCUUUAAUUCCCAAUCCAGCCGUCCAAACCCCCCACGCGUCACCAUCGCAAUAAUCAAUAAGCCAAAAGCCAAAAUGCAUCGAGUAAAGAAUAAACCCGAUUAACCGAACCCCGACUGGUAGUUGGUCUCGGUUUAGCUGUCUCUGGAUCCUCUGCAUCUCCAGCUCGGCUCUCAAGUUUCACCCGCAUUUUCAGAACCUGAAAAUCGUCGUUCUUUAAUAUCUGAUUUAAGUUAUCAAUUCCCCGUUUGUUUUUUUUUGGACAAUUAUUGACGUUAGCAAGACUUCGGAAGCCGCCGGUUGUAGCGAAGUGAUUUGUCAGUGGAAAAUUAGGUUUUUUUUUUCUUUUUUGCUUUUUUUUUGGGGUUCAGUAAUUAAUGGCGGGGGCCGGUGAUGAAGAGCAGGAUGCUGUAUUAAGCGACGUGGAGGAGGACGAUCCGGUGUCGAUUGAUGUAAAAUCGACGGCGCCGGAGGAGAUUUCCGUCGAGAAAUUUAAAGAGCUCCUGGUGGAGCUUGAUCGGGAGAGGCAAGCGCGGGAGGCGGUGGAGAAUUCAAAAUCGGAAUUGCAGGUAUCGUUCAAUCGGCUUAAAGUUCUGGCUCACGAAGCUAUACGAAAGCGUGAUGAGAGCUCAAAACAGCGGGACGAAGCGUUGCGGGAGAAAGAGGAAGCGUUGAAGACAGUUGAGGAAGUGACGUCGGAAUUGGUGGAAGCCAAUAAGGGUAAAGAUGAGGUUUUUAAGCAAUUGGAGGAGGUCUCGAAAGCAAAAGAUUCGUCGAGGUCGGAGAUUGAGACUGCUGCAUCGAUGUUGGUGAGUGGGAUUGAGAAAAUAUCAGGAAAGGUGAGCAAUUUCAAGAAUUUCACAGCUGGUGGAUUGCCCAAGUCGCACAAGUACUCUGGAUUGCCCGCAGUGGCUUACGGAGUAAUUAAGAGGACUAAUGAGAUUGUUGAAGAGCUUUUGAGACAGAUUGAAUUGACUACAAAGUCGCGGAAUGAGACUCGAGAGCAGAUGGAGCAGAGGAAUUACGAGAUCGCUAUUGAGGUUUCGCAGCUUGAGGCCACCAUAAGUCGGUUGAGAGAGGAGGUUUUGAGGAAGAGCUCGGAAGUUGAGAGUUUGGAGAGAUCAGUGGUUGAGAAGGAUGACAAAUUGGUUGAAAUGCAAAGGGAAUGGGCCGAGAAGCAUAGUGUGAUGGAGAGGGAAGAGUUGGGAUUGAGGAACUUGGUGACUGAGUACGAUGACAAGUUGAGAAGCAUGGAAUCGAAAAUGGGGUUGCAGAGGUCGUUACUGAUCGAACAGUUGAAUUAUGUUACCAAAAUACAUGAAGAGAUAUCAAAUGUUGUGAAAAUAGUGGACGCGAACAAGUACUCUGAGUUAUCGGAAUCUUUGUUUCUUGCAAAAGAAACGGAUUUGGAGGAGAACAUUAAGGCAUCUUUGGCAGGAAUGGAGUCUAUAUAUGAACUUAGUAGAUUUGUUGUGGAAAGAACGAGAGAUUUGAUACAGGAGAAGAAUGGGGAGGUCAAAAGUCGAGAUGAAAUGGUUUCUCAGUUGGUGAGGGAGAAAGAACAGAUCGGAUCAUUGUUGAGAAGUACUUUGUCGAGGAGAACGUCUGUGGAUUUGUCUUCAAGGACAAAUGAAAUGUUCAAAGUUGCAGAAAAUGGGCUAAAAGCAGCUGGCAUAGAUUACAAGUUCAGCAAUCACCUUGGGGAGGGCAAAGUUCCAGCUCCUAGUGAUGGAGUUAUUCCUGUGGAUGCAGAGGAAGAUGAAGUGUAUGCCUUGGCUGGUGCUUUGGAGAAUAUCAUUAAACAGUCUCAGGUUGAGAUCAUUGAGCUAAAGCAUUCUAUGGAUGAUCUAAGGGCAGAGUCAAAUUUAUUGAAGGAGCAAGUGGAAUCUCAAACAAAAGAGCUCAAUCAUUGGAAGCAGCGUGUGGAUGAGCUUGAAGAGAAGGAGAGAGUUGCAAACUCUAAUGUUGAAGGCCUUAUGCUUGACAUUUCUGCUGCUGAAGAAGAAAUCACAAGGUGGAAGGUGGCUGCACAACAAGAAGCAGAUGCAGGUAAAGCUGUUGAACAAGAGUACACGUCACAGUUGUUAGCCAUACGCCAGGAACUUGAAGAGGCCAAGCAAGCUGUCAUUGAGGCUGAGAAAAAGCUGAAGUUCAAAGAAGAAACAGCAGCUGCUGCCAUGGCUGCUAGGGACGCGGCUGAGAAAUCUUUGAAAUUGGCAGAUAUAAGGGCAACUAGGUUGAGGGAUAGAGUGGAAGAACUGACUCGUCAGCUUGACGAGCUGGAUACUAGGGAAACAUCGAGAUCAGGCCUAUCCAGGCCUAGAUAUAUGUGCUGGCCAUGGGAAUGGCUUGGGUUAGAUUUUGUAGGCUUCCACGGAGCUGAAAUACAGCAGGAAAAUACCAACGAAAUGGAGCUUUCUGAACCUUUACUCUAGUAAUUCCUUUUCUUUUAUUAAUUUCUACUUUACGAUUCUCUCUCAUACAGUAUUUUGUUUUCUCGCCCAGUUGUAUGCAUUGUAAUCUUCCAAGAUCAGAGCUGUUAGACAACAGCGGUGUAUAGUAGAUUCAUUCUUUAGGACCUUGGUCAGGUGAAGGAUGAAGCCAUCUUGUUAACCUGUACACACUAGACACGAACUCUUAAACAUCAAGCGAACUUUUUGUUCAGGAGACAGGAAUCUCCAUCAUUUACAAUUGUUUUGAGC